CCGGUUUGCCCACCCCUGAUAUUGACAUAUUGCUCUAUCAAACACAACAGUUCUUUUGGCUUAAAAUACAGCAGUUUAUUUUAAAGGGGAGCAAGAGCAGAAACUGCUUUUUCAGUCUUGUCUGUGUUUUCCGCCAUAUAUAUAAUUUUUUCAUAAAAUACCUAAAAAUUAAAGAUUGUUAAUAUUAAAAUAUAGUUAAAAUUGAGACCAACACAAUGUGCACAUCACAUAAGUGUCCUACGUGACCUAAAGUGGUGAUGCUCACUGGGGACGCCAGGUUUUGUGAGAUUUAAUAUUUUAUUUAUCCACCAAAAUAGUCACUUGUCCUAUCAAGAGUUAACUGCAGAGCAAAAAAGGAGAGAGGAAUGCUUCAUUCAGAUGUAUUUGGUAAAAGAAAAAUACUACUUCCUGUUUUUUUUUUUUUUUUUCCAGCUCAGAGGUGUGUUUGUGGUUGCGCGAAUGAAGCGUUCAAAUUCUCCUGUAGUUUUCUAAGUGUCUCUCAAAACCGUAGAGCUACUGUAUUUUUUCCCCCGUACAUAUCAAAAGGCACGUCAACGCGGUGUAGUUGUGCUUGCCACGUACUGUCAACAAGUUGACGCAGCUCGUUGUGCGUGUUUAUUUUACGACAAGACGACUUUAAAACAUUCGCUGCUCUGAAAUGGGCGGAGCGCCAAUGUUCAUUAACGCAACACGACUUGAGUCUUUCUUGCUGUCAGUAGUUGGUCACUGUGCUCAAUCUAUCUAACAGCUUUGGCUUAGUUUAUUUGAGGGCUAUUUGGAGCUUCACAAAAGAAGAAAACCGGCUGUUUUAGGGGCUCCUUCGCUCGACCAUGGCAGUGAGCGCCUCUGCUGCGUUUGACAACCGGAGACCACAGCCUACUAUCUGCAAACAAGUUGGACCGGAGAGCGGCACAAGAUCUUUACACUGCAAUGCUAGUUUAUUUUAAGCGCUAACUACUCUGGUUCUCACAAUAAGCCUUACUAAGCUGCUGAGGAAGUCGCUUAUAGGCCUCAUCGUGUAGGAGAUUUUCAAGAGAGUGUGUGUUUCUGGACUGGACCAUGGAGAGAGACACCUAUGUGCUUCUUGUCACCGCAAAUGUCGGGUCACUCUUCGACAAUGUGGGUGAAAUUCAAAAUGAAUGGCUACAGGAGUUAUACAAGACCAUCCGCACCUACCAGCCACAGUUCAUCGCCCUACACUUUCAGGAGGUGGGAGGGAAAGACUACAUGGUCAACAUGGGGCACGCAGAAGAAUUCUUUUGGAGCAUUGAGUCCAGUGAAGAACUGAAAGAUUUUGACAGGCGCUGCAUCUAUGUGGACAACCAGUUUCAAGCAGAAGACCGUUUCACGGCAUUGGGCAGCAUGUACUUCAUCCACAAGUCAUUGAAGAACAUCCGCCAGUAUGACUUUAUUGUCAAGGAUUUUAAAGCAGUGCCGGGACUGGACAAGUACGUGGGCUCCCUAGAUGGGGUCACUACUGUGGAGAAAGAAAAAUUCCCAAAGAAUUUCUGGCCUGAUUUCAAGUGGUCCAGGAAGGGCUUCAUGAGGACCCGCUGGAUCAUCCACGACCGAGGGCUGGACCUGGUCAACGUCCACCUGUUUCAUGAUGCCUCCAACCUCAUUGCCUGCAAUUCUAGUCCUUCUAUCUAUUCUGCCAACCGUAAAAACGCUCUCCAACAUGUCAUCAACAGGAUAUCAGACAACUGCCACACACCGAUGCCUUUCUUCCUGUUUGGAGAUUUUAACUUCCGUUUGGACACGCUGAGUCUAGUCCAGCAUCUGUCUACAUCGGCUGAAGUGCAGACUGUGAAAAAGGACAGCACUAAUGAAGUGCAGAAAAUCAUCUGUGAAGAGAAGGCUGACCGCCAGGUGCUUCUGCUGAUUGAGGACAAACUCUUUGCCUACCUUUACCAAGCUGCAUUCAGAGAAAACAAUGGCAAAGCGUUGCUGAAAUAUGACAAAGAAGUUACUGCCUUUCAUGAUGUUGUUAGAGAAGAGGAAAUCCAGUUUCCACCCAGCUACCCCUACAGCGAAGAGUACACUAAACCCACCCAGUACAUGAACACUCGUUGUCCCGCCUGGUGCGAUAGGAUUUUGAUGUCACACAGCGCACAGCAAUUCAUCAACAGUGGUGCUGAUGGUGAGAGAACUGUAAUUUACGACACAGUGGGCCCCAAUGUUUGUAUGGGAGAUCAUAAGCCCGUUUUCUUAUCCUUUGCACUGAAGACAAAUGAACAUUGACUGGCGAACUUCCCAGUGAUAAACUAGUGCGUCUCUGUAAAGUACCAACAAUGUGCUCUUUGUAAACUCUGAUUGCUCUUGAGGAAAGAAAAACAAUGAACUUGAUUCCAACUGAAGUGACAACUUGUAGAUACUCAUGGAUGUUACUUCAAGCUCAAGACCGUCAUGUGACCUUUUUACAUUUUUUUUUUAGCAUAAGUGAUUAUCUUGGGCUGCCCCUGUUGUAUGUCAACAAAGAAUAUCAACUUUGUUACUGUGUAUUCACAACUUAUUUAUUAAGCCAUAGAAUGUUUAACUGUAUUUGUGCUUUUGUUUCGAAGUUAUAUGUACCUAUAUUUUGGAUUUUUAUAUUUCUAAGUAUUAACUGAUCCUUUGCUUUUAUUCUUGUGAUUGUGGCUUUCAUGCUACCAAAAAUAUCUUAAUUUAUAUGUACUGUAUGUAUUUUUCGGCAGUGGUGUUUGGGUAGACAUUGUACAAUUCACUGAUUUGUAUCAGAUAUUUAGUCUCGAAAUGUGCAGUGUAAAGUUUAAAAAGUGAUUGCAAGUGCGAGUAGUUGUCAGACUGGUAACACACGUUAAACUGUCGAACUCUUUUCAUUUCUUCUCCCUUGAUCAAGAUGAAAGUGUUGCAUUUGUUACAUAAUACCUUCAUUCCGACUAUGCGCAAGAGGCGGAGUACAGACUGAAUUGGUUGCCAGCUAAAAUACAGCCAGACAAUUUGGAGUAUUCAAUUACAGGUAGUCCCCGGUUUACGAACGAGUUCCGUUCCUGUGUUGGCGAUGUAACCCAGAUUUCCGCGUAAGUCUGAAUUAACCUUUUAAAUACCUCAAAUCACCCUCUAAAAAAAAAAAAAAAAAAACUAUCCAAAAACAUGUAUUAUACGUCAUUGUACUGUUCUCGCAAGACGUUGGAGCUAAGUUCUAGCUAGACAGCUACCUAAGCUCCGAAAUAACGAUGUCAGACGUCUGUGUGGUUUGCUGACUUUAUUCAGCUGCUCAUGACAUCAACACUUGCAGAAUGAAACUAAAAUAAAAUGAAAUUAAAUUAGUCUCAUCUUCAAUAACAGCAAUUCAAAUUUGAAUUUACAAGUAGUUGCUGAUACAACGAUUAGCAUGUAUCAGUUAGCAUUCGCACAUCAUCAAAAACAAUCACAUAAACUCGCCCCAAGUAUUCGACCACAAUUGAAAACACAAUAAACAGUACAAAAGUGGUUAUACCAGAGGGUGCGCUAGACUUUUUCGUUGUCUGUCAUUUUGAGUGACAGUGUCAUAAAAAUCCGGUCAUAAUCUAUUUUUACCCGUCACUUACAUUUUUAAAAUGAUAAUAAUGACAUAUUCAAUAGUAUUUAGUUUUCAUUCAUUUUUAAUUAAUAUUCUGGCCGAACAAGAGGCAAAAAGACAGCGGAGUGCACCAAUCAGCGACGGGCAGACGUGCCGUUAGCAAAGCGACGAGGACAGGACGAGGGACUUGCGCGCGGAAGUAAACAUACGAGGAGAACGGAGUUUAUUCAACAUGGCUAGCGCGAGACAGACUGUUGUCAAUGACUCGUGUCGAUGUGUUUUAGCUCAUUUAAAACUGAAUUUACUGCGGAUUGGAACAUAUUCUCGGCUCUCCCGUUCACCACCCGUGUUGUUCUAGAGACGACUUUCGGCGCGCAAGAGUGACGUUGCUCGUGAAGAACACGUCACACAAAUAAACAUCUGAUUUGUUGAUUGAUUUUGUACCUACUCGAGAGGCUGUGUCCCAGACUUUUCUCUCAGUGUUUGAAAAAUACAGGGAGAACAGUCUGGCCAUGCCAGGCAAACACUCAGUUGCCUUGACAUUUUUCCGAGUAAGGCCAACGACGUCAUGCAUCAAGAGAGACAAUAGCUAAUUAAUAUGCUCACUCGCCACCCUGUGGUGUGAAUUGCAACCUGUCAAAAUGACAGAUGGACUUCAGUUUUUUCCGUCACCGUUUAAAAAAACCGGUCAACGACGGAAAAUAUUCGGUUAACGCGACCCCUGGGUUAUACACAGCCGUCGCCUCUGGAUACUUCACAAGCAACAAAUGUGUACGCAGGCUGUCAGCUCUGUCACUCGGCUGCUCUGUUUGUGCGUGUGUGUGGUGGGCGUGUUUGUAUAUGCGCUCGCUUCCUAUUCUACGCUUCCUGCAUGCAUCACAAAACAAAAGUCAACAUUAAAAAAAUUUAAAAAAAAACGGCGAGACUCAGGCGUCGUAAAGUUGAAAUCAUGUAAAUCGGGUCCGUUGUAACCUGGGGACUUCUUGUAAUCUAUUAUCCGUGUUUAGGAAAUGUCGGUGGAAACUGGAGAACACCCACAUAGUCACGGGAGAAUAUGUAUACUCCCCACAAGAAGGCUAGAGCCUUGAAUUAAACCGUGGUCUCAGAACUGGGAGGCUACAUGCUAACCGAUCACCCACUAUGCCAUUAGGCCCGACUAGGCAUGUGCCGUCAACCGGUUUCAAGGUAUACCGUCCGUGGUAUGAAAACGUCAAGGUUUCAAAACCGCAAAAAAUUUCCGUCAAAGCGUCCCUAAGGUAUAAGCUAUUUUUUAUGUAGCAUAAAUGCAGGGAGAAAUCCCAUGCUUGCAGCUUGCAGGCCCAGCCCUCCCCCAUUGAUUGUUGCUCAGUGGCAGUGAGUCAGCUGUGCAACAUGAUGACUGGAGGAGGUGAAACUCCUGAACUUUUUCCCCCCGUUGAAGAAAACGAAAUCGCUGAUAUGGGAACAUUUCGGCUACAUAAAAGUAACAGACGGCCGCGGCUCAGAAGAGGAGGGCCAACCGAAAUGUAAAACAUGUUUGCGGAGGUCGGCUGCUGAGUAGGCAAUAGCUCCAGUAUGAUUUCGCAUUUAUACAAAAUUAAAGAUUAGUAAACACGAUCAUAAAUGUUUUCCACCAGCUACGACAGUUAACUCCAGUGUGUUUAGUGUGUCUAGCGGUGAUAAACAUGUUUUUUCUUUUCUUUUUUCUUAAAUGAUUCAAUUAUUUUUGAUCUGAUGAUAAUAAUGUUAAGCUGUGGCUCACCUAAAGGACUGCAUUCAGUUUAAUUUUAUUUAGAUUUUUGUUUUAAUUAUUAUUUUAACUUAACAUUAUACUUAUGUUCCACUUUGCUAAUAUGUGUAAUAUUUUGGCAUGAGAUUAUCAUACUGUCAGAAUCUCAUACUGGCACAUGCCUAGGCCCGACACAUAUGUAACAAUUACUUAUAAUGUGAUCAGAAAGUCAUGGUAACCACGCAUUCAUUUCUAAAUAAAUUUGUUUUCCUGUUAAAAAGUGCUCCUAAAAGUACUUGAAGUGAUGGAAUUUUUAGGGCUGGGGGACUGUAUACCAAGUGCUUUAUUCACUCACUCUAGCUUUUACUCUUUUACAUUAUCCAAAGCUGUUCUUUUUAAAAUGUUUCAUAUUUCAGGCUAUAUACGUAUUGCUGUACAGCACAUAAGUUUACUUCUGUUCCUUAUGUCAAGUUGAUAAAAGGUGAAUCACUGUGUACCAAGUGUGAAGGAUUUUGUUUUAGGGGCUGUGUGAGCAUUAAAAAGGGGGAAAAAAUCUUUGUACAAGGGUGGUUGCAAAUAGUGUUGUCGUAGUAGCAGGAUACAGCUCCUGAAUGGGAAUGUCCUUCAAACUUUUACUAGUGUGGGCGUUUAUCUUUUUUUAGUUGCCAAAAACAUCCUGUCCUGAACCUCACUCGGAUCACCUACAUGGUUUUACUAAAAAUUUUCCUCAUGUGCUCGUCAUACAGUCCAUUAUGACAUUACUAAUACAAAUCAGUUCUUGGAGGGUUGUGACCACUUCAUAAAUAUACAAGUUUCACACAGGAAUAUUUUUUGUAAAUACAUUGUAGAGUUGUGUUGUUGAUGUGCAUGUCACUAAAGAUUUGCUGUGAUGAGUACAAAUAAAAAGGCAGCUGGAAAGAA